AUGGGGUUCGUGAAGGCGGAGGAGUUCGUGAACCAGCACAUGCGGGUGAACAGGGAAAUCAAGGAGCUGUGCAGCCGGAAAAACGAGGAGUUCAAAUUUAACAUCUUCAUUUUCUACCACAACGACAUAGACUCCAUCUGCACGGAGCACAUCCUGCACUUUCACAAAAAUGUGAGGAGGGACAUUAACAUAUUCAGCUACGGGAUAGAGAAGAAGGAGGACCUGCUGAACUUCUGCAAGAAAUAUGAAGACGUGAUCCUCAUUGGCAUGUGCUCUCAUAUGAACACAGAUGGGGAUGUGUAUUCCCUCGUGGAGGACUUUUUUACUGGCAUCAUGGGGAAGAGCUACGUGGGGUACUUAAAAUUUUUUGUCAUCGAUAAUAGGAGGCCCUACCACGAGAUCUUUGAGACGAGUGACAAGUGGGACUUGGUGCUGAGCGAGGGGGAGAUGGCCGACGUGAUGGCCAUGUACGGCAGCGCCCCGAUUAGCGGCGCAACGGAGAGGGACAAUCGUGGAAAAGCUGGCAGCGACACGGACACCCGCAAAAAAACCGGCAGCGCCGCGGACACGCGCGGAAAAGCCAAGGCCAACGCGCGGCAGAAGCUGCAGAGCUACUACCACACCGUGAAGGAGGAAAACAAGUGCAUGUGCCUGAUGAUUUACCCCUUCAUCCAGUGCGUGAGCGAAGACGACUCCUCCGCAAUCAUCUUCAUCUCGAGCGUGUCCCUCAUCUCUUAUUUGAAAACGGACGCAGUGACGUACGAGUACUACAAUAAGGAGAUAAAAAAUUUACACAACGACUCGAUGAACAUAUCCAAUGGGCACUUCAUCUCAUUCGACCCCGAGAGGGGUCUGCUGCCCAUGCUCUCCUUCAUGUCUCUGAAUGAGUCCCUAGAAAUUGAUGAGCGCAUAUACAUCUACGACCACAAGAAUGUAAAGAACACCUUUAACAAGAUCAGAACCAUGUGCCAUAUAGAGAUAAAGGAAUUCACUGGAAAUUUUAGACAAUUGGAUUUGAAAAAACAAAAUGAAAUCCUCAUUAAGCUAAAGUCCUUCAUAAAGAUCAUCCGUCCAAUGAACACCCUCGCAUGGAAACGAAGAACAUACGUCCUCUAUAACAGCGACAGCUUUUAUUUUCUGAUCGUCCUCAUCUACAUCUACAUUAACAGAAUCAAAAAAAUGGAUUCAUAUCUCUAUAACUGCCUCAAGACGUCGGAUUUCCUUUUUAACAUUUUUAAAGACAGACUCAAACAGUCAGAAAUUUACGAUAAGCUGAUUGAAAAGCAUCUACACAAAAACGCAGCUAGCUAUUUAAGUGUUCUAAUUAAAAAAAUUAUGGAGAGUAACAAAAAAAGUAUUAACAUUACAUCUGACUUUAAAAUAUUUUUAGACAUUUUUCAAACGGCUAGAAAUUCCUACACCCAUCCAUUUGAGCUGAGGUUUCUCUCCAAUAUGUUCUCCUCAUUUCAAUCCUACUGCAAUGAUAAGUAUAAGACGUAUCACCUCCUCGUCUGCCACAUAAACGAUUCGGAUGAGACUCUCCUUUAUGGGUUUACUCCGCUCAACAAAAGGGACUACUGGCCUUCUGUGUUCUCCAAAAUCGCCUACAGCAACUCAGAGCAAAUUACCUACGACACCCUGGCCGAUGUGAACACCCUGCGCAUCCGCAAAAACGACUUUAAGUUCAUCCUCAGCGAGAUCAAGGACGUCUUCCGCGGCGUCCUCCGCUACCAGCGCAGGAGGGAGCUCCACGCGGAGGACAGCACGGACGGGGAAGAGGCAGACGAAGCAGGCGAAGCAGGCGAAGCAGACGAAGCAGACGAAGCAGACGAAGCAGACGAAGCAGGCGAAGCAGGCGAAGCAGACGAAGCAGACGAAGCAGACGAAGCAGACGAAGCAGACGAAGUGGUGGAGGAAGGAGAAGCCGUGGAGGAAGACGCAGACGAAGCGACGGAAGAGGCGGACGCCGCAGACGAAACGGAGCCCUGA